AAUUGGGAAAUUAAGUAAAGGCGUCGGUUAAAAGCGUAGCUUAAGUAUUACUCCACUUUUCAUGCAUCCAAUUAUAAUCACAAAACACGGUAUUAAUUAGCACAAACGCUAAUCAACUCCUACAUAACUAAAAUCAAGUAAUUAGAGGCGUUUAAUUAUCAAUCCUGCGUAUGUUAAAAGCAAAUAAUUAACCCAUACCUUAAAUUUAAUUAAUUACAGCAGAAAAAUAAACAGUAGCGUAAGUAUUACGAGCACGUUAUUAACACAACGCUAACCAACUCCUUUAUAAAGAGUCGUCUCUCUCAACUUCAAUUUCAUUCAUCACACAAAAAAAGUUAUGGAUUUCAGUUCUCAAUUCAACUUUAUGCAUCGCCGCGCAUUGCUUCAAAAGCAGAGCCACGUUUCUUCCAUGCUCGCAAAGCAUUUAUUCUUCAACAACUAUGGAAAACCCGAUUACGAUCCGUCUAAAAAUGCAAAUAUGGUGUUUUCUCCACUCUCAAUUCAAAUGGUUCUCGGCCUUAUUGCUUCUGGAUCCAGUGGUGCUACAUUGGAUCAAUUGUUGAGUUUUCUCAAAUUUAACUCUGUUGAAGAACUUAACUCUGUUUAUGCUCGGGUUAUUGCUGAUGUUUUAGCCGACGGAAGCCCUGUGGGAGGUCCUCGUUUGUCCGUUGCUAAUGGAGCUUGGAUUGAUCAAACUCUCUCGUUUAAGCAUUCUUUCAAACAGGUGAUGGACAAUGUUUAUAAGGCUGCUGCAGCUUCUGUUGAUAUUCGGUACAAGGCUGAUGAGGUUGCUGCUGAAGUCAAUAAGUGGGCUGCAGAGAAAACAAAUGGUCUCAUCAAACAGAUUCUUCCUCCUGGUGUAGUCACUGGCGGGACUCAGCUGAUCUUGGCGAAUGCACUAUAUUUCAAAGGAGCCUGGAAUGAGAAAUUUGAUGCUUCAGAUACAAAAGACCACGAGUUCCAUCUCCUCAAUGGAGGAUCUGUUCAAGCACCCCUAAUGACCAGCCGAAAAUGGCAAUAUGUGAAGGUGUUUAAUGGUUUCAAAGUGUUAAAACUUCCUUAUAAGCAGGGUGAGGACAAGCGAUUUAUCAGCAUGUAUAUGUUUCUCCCAGAUGCACAUGAUGGAUUACCAGCUUUACUGGAGAAAAUUAGUUCAGAACCUGGAUGUUUAGAUCAACAUAUUCCGUUAACAAAAGUUAGAGUGCGCAAGUUUCUUAUCCCUAAGUUCAAUAUAUCUUUUGGACUUGAAGCUUCUAAUGUUCUAAAGGGACUCGGCCUCACAUUACCUUUUACUGCCGGUCUCACUGAGAUGGUGGGCGAGAAUUUGCCUCUGGUAGUUACACAUGUUUUUCACAAGUCGUUUAUUGAAGUGAACGAGGAAGGUACAGAAGCUGCAGCUGUUACUGUAGCUAUGAAUACGUUUGGGUGCUCAUUGACGAUGGUUAAAGAGGAGGAGAUAGACUUUGUUGCUGAUCAUCCCUUCUUGUUCCUUGUGAAAGAUGAGACUGCUGGUGCUGUUUUGUUCAUGGGGACUCUGUUGAAUCCUCUUGUUGUUUAGCAUGUUGCUUCACUACUUCCAUUCAUCAAUUUUAGUUAGUUACUUUGAUGUUACCUUUAUUUUAGUAUGAAUUUCAUAUUGUCUCAACUACAUAAGCUGUCCCUCAGUUUGUUUGUAUUCAAGUUUGUUCUUCAUUUUUC